CACGAAUGUCUCGUGUUGUGGCGGAGAAUAUAUCGCCGGCGAGAGAUACCAGACCGUUUUUCAAUCGGAGACAGUCGAUGGAGCUCUCAAGUGUCGCCGCCGGGCCUUCGCCGACGCUCGGACAGCUGUUCAAGUACGUCGGCGACGUACGGAAGGAGGAAACCGGAGACGAGACGCCAGUUCACCAGAUUCUUGAUGUGAGUGAGAGGAGUCUUGAGCCUCGAUCUCUGCCGUUCGUUCUCUCCUUCAGCAACUUGACAUACAGCAUCAAGAUCCGCCGGAAAAUGACGUUCCCGGCGGUAUUCAACCGCGGGAAGCGCCUCGGAGCUCCCGCCACCGCGUCGGAGCCGGUGGCCGGGGAAAAUCUUUUCACGAAGACGAAGGUCCUGCUCAACGAUAUCUCCGGCGAAGCGCGGGACGGCGAAGUCAUGGCCGUGCUCGGCGCAAGUGGAUCGGGAAAGUCGACGCUGAUUGACGCGUUGGCCAAUCGGAUUGCGAAAGGAAGCCUGAAAGGGACGGUGACAUUGAACGGCGAAGCGCUCGAGUCUCGGCUUCUGAAAGUCAUAUCGGCUUACGUAAUGCAAGAUGAUCUCCUAUUUCCGAUGUUGACGGUGGAAGAGACUCUCAUGUUCGCCGCCGAGUUCAGACUCCCUCGAACUCUCUCAAAAUCAAAGAAGAAGAUGAGAGUUCAAGCUCUGAUCGAUCAAUUAGGGCUCCGAAACGCCGCCAAAACAAUCAUCGGCGACGAAGGCCACCGAGGAGUCUCCGGCGGCGAACGACGCCGUGUCUCAAUCGGAACCGACAUAAUUCAUGAUCCGAUCAUCUUGUUCCUCGACGAGCCCACCUCGGGGCUCGACUCGACCAGCGCUUUCAUGGUGGUGAAGGUCUUACAGCGAAUCGCUCAGAGCGGAAGCAUAGUCAUAAUGUCUGUACACCAGCCGAGCUAUCGAAUUCUCGGAUUGCUUGAUCGACUGAUAUUCUUAUCGCGUGGACAAACUGUUUACAGUGGCUCUCCGAUCAAUUUACCGGUCUUCUUCUCCGAUUUCGGCCAUCCAAUACCGGAGAACGAGAACCGGACAGAGUUCGCGCUCGAUUUGAUCCGCGAGCUCGAAGGAUCGGCCGGUGGAACAAAGAGCUUGGUUGAAUUCAACAGGUCAUGGCAGAGCAUGAAGCGGUCUCGUGAGCCCCGAACUCCGGAGGCGGACCGGCAAGGUCUGUCACUAAAAGAAGCCAUCAGCGCAAGCAUUUCCAGAGGAAAGUUAGUCUCCGGUGCCACCAGCGACGCCAGUCCGGCAUCAAUGGUGCCGACAUAUGCAAACCCGUUCUGGGUCGAAAUGGCAGUGCUAUCAAAGCGAUCAAUCACCAAUUCUCGAAGAAUGCCGGAGCUUUUUGGCAUCCGAUUAGGUGCAGUCCUUGUCACGGGCUUCAUCUUAGCCACAAUGUUCUGGCAACUUGAUAAUUCCCCAAAAGGGGUGCAAGAGAGAUUAGGGUUUUUUGCAUUCGCAAUGUCCACCACUUUCUACACCUGUGCAGACGCAUUACCUGUUUUUCUUCAAGAACGGUACAUUUUCAUGAGAGAAACUGCUUACAAUGCGUAUCGGAGAUGGUCCUAUGUUCUCUCUCACUCAUUGGUGGCUGUUCCCGCGUUGGUAUUCCUCUCAUUGUCUUUCGCCGCCACGACCUUUUGGGCAGUGGGACUCGCCGGUGGACUAUCCGGUUUCUUCUUCUACUUCUUCAUCAUCCUGGCUUCGUUCUGGGCCGGAAGCUCAUUCGUCACGUUUCUCUCCGGUGUGGUUCCUCAUGUCAUGCUCGGUUACACCAUUGUCGUCGCCAUUUUAGCUUAUUUCCUUCUCUUCAGCGGAUUCUUCAUCAACAGGGAUCGAAUUCCAGCUUACUGGAUUUGGUUCCACUACAUUUCUCUAGUCAAGUAUCCAUACGAAGCUGUUUUACAAAAUGAAUUCGAUGACCCAAUCAAGUGCUUCGUGAGGGGUAUCCAGAUCUUCGACAACACGCCGCUCGGGCUAGUCCCAGAUGCCAUGAAAGUGGACCUGUUGAAGAGUAUAAGCAGUUCUUUGGGCAUGAACAUCACGAGCACGACGUGCGUGACCACCGGCUCUGACAUCUUGCAGCAGCAGGGGAUCACGGAUUUGAGCAAGUGGAACUGCUUGUGGAUCACUGUGGCUUGGGGUUUCUUCUUUAGGAUCCUGUUUUACUUCUCUUUGUUGCUGGGAAGCAAGAACAAGAGGAGGUAAGUGUACUGAUGGGUGGGGGUGGAGUUUGUAUUUGGCGGGAAGGGGUAUGUUUUUGUUUUUGUUUUUGUUUUUGUUUUUCUUUCUUAUUUUUUGAAUUUAAUGGGAAUGUUACUGUUGUUAAGUUUUACCAAGUUGGAUUUAGGUGUAAAACUGUUCCAUAUAUAUGAUGAUAUACAUGUAUUCCAAUAAUAUGAUUAUUGUUCAUUUAGGUCAACUAUUUUUUCACCCACCAAUCAAUAUCUGGCUAAGCAGCAUUGAGUUGGUUGGGAAAUAGCAGUGGGUAAAAAAGGUACAAAUGUAUGAGGUUAUACAAAAUUUUGCUUUUUAAUUAUGUGUAAUAAAUUAACAAUAGAUAUAUUAAAAGGUAGUUUGGUGGGUAGAAGAGUAUUUAAGGCACUGUUGAAAAGAAUCCUAGAUAUGAGUAUGAUUUUGAUUUGAUUUAGAGGAUAAAAUUUACAAUUAUUUUUAAAAAAUAAUUGACUAAACUUUCAAAUUGGUAACACUUGAUGGUAAAAAGGGUCCCUAACUUUUAAUUUAGAUUAUAAUAAUUCAAGACUGUAAUUUAGUGAUAUUUCUAAUUUAUUAACUUAGAAGUGAUAUUUCUAAUUUUUAACGUUGAGGAUGAGAAUCGAGGUCUCACUUGCUAAGGAAAAAAAGGGUGUGUUUGUUUGUUUUUUUUUUUUUUUUUUUUUUCUUUUUUUUUUUUUUUGUCAAUCUGUGUGAUAAAGGCAAAAGAAUGUGUUGGGGUUUUUUGCGGAGAAAAAAAGAAAAAAAAAAAAAUUGGAUGAAAGGGUGUGAUGCAAAAUUCUGAUGAUCACAAAAGUAUGAUGCAAAUAGGUUUACUUUUUAUCGUACGUUUCUUUAAUCUUUCUUCUGCUUGACAAACUCAAAUAAAUGGUUAUCAAAGGAUAGUGUCUCAUUUUGCUCUCCUCUCCUCUCCUCUCUUUAUUUUAUUUUUAUUUUUAUUUUUUUAAAAUUUUUAUUAUUAUUAUUAUUUUUUCAUAACACCAAACUGAGAUUUUCACUUUUUGUUCAUACUGGGAUUUGAACCCUUAAAGGCCCUUUCAAUUUAAAAAAUGAAUAAGUGUUACUAGACAAAGUGAGUUGAAUAAUUGGCACUCUA